AUGCCAUAUCCAAGCACCUGCCCAGAUGUCCUUAAAGAUUGGAAUGAUGCAAUGAAGUAGGCUUUGGAAUCAUCAUAUUUUCCACAACAUUAACCAGUAAAGCACUUUGAUUCAUUUAUUCAUAUAGACUAUCUAAAGAUAGUUCAAACAUUUAUUCUCUAACUAGUUCUAUCGUAAUGUUUUACUAAACUGAAAGAUUUGUUAAGUUUUAAGAUCCAUUGUGGUUUGAAGAAUAGAUAAUUAGCUUUACUUAAAGUUAUCUCAGAUUCUGGGAAUUAUCAAAAGCGUUAACUAACAGAUAAACUGAUUAUUAGAUCGGAGCUUAUCCAAUCAAAGAACCUUAAUGAAACCGUAACCACUAAGGAAUCUAUUAAUUUUAAUCAAGCAUUUAGACUGAUAAAGUCAACUAUCUAUUGA